AUGUUUAUGCUAUGGUUGAAUAAAAUACAAAACUGCACUCAUAGAAUACGAGCUCUUUUUCCUGUCGAGCAUGCACAAUCCAACAAUAGUGAUAAAUCCGAAAAUAACAGUGACUACGAAUUGCCGCCUCCUUCUCCAAGUCCAGUUUCAUCUUCUACGCCUUUCAUUAAUUCUUGUUUAGAACGUUUAGACCCCAAUAAUAGUCCCGAAUCUGAACAUAUUCAAAAUGAUGAUGAACAGCCGUUAGAACCAUCUGAUUUAUACCACUCCGAAGCUCUACAAUUAACUCUAGUUUUGCAGAAAAUUUUCCCUAAUACACCAUCUAGAGAACUAAACUUUGAUAAUGUUCCAUCAUUAUCU